AUGAAUUUUGUGGUAUUAACUAAUGUUCUCUACUUUGUCAAGGUGAAAGAUUUCACAAAGUGUAGACUGUGGGGAUUUGUGUGGAUCUGCACCAGCCUUGGUUUUAUUUCAUACUCUGCAGCAUUCUCACGUGGUGGAAGCCUUGCUGCCUGCUUGGACAUGAAGCCAAAGCACAUUCAAGCUUUGCCACAGAAUCUGAGGAAGAACUAUGUCACCAUUCACACCAAUCAGUCUUUUUACCUACCAGGAGAAAAAGUCCCUGUUACUUUGAGAAGUACAAGAGAUUUCAUGGGCUUUUUCCUUCAAGCUCGCAGAGUAUCGAAUGACCAAGUUGCUGGGUCUUUUGUGUUCAUUCCACCUGGCUCCAAACUACUGCGCUGCUUUGAAGAUGGAGACACAGUGACCCAUUCAGACAAGUCCUUGAAAAGAAAUCUGUCCUUUGUGUGGAAAUCACCUGAUCAGCCUGUGGGAGACAUUAAAUUCUUUGUAUCGAUAGUUCAGUCAUACUUUGUUUAUUGGGCACGAAUUGAAUCCAUUGUCAUCUCUAGUAAUGUGCAAAAUUGGACAUCAGCGAAGCAAGAACUUAAAGUAUCCAACACGGAGAUGUCUUCUGCAAUAAGUUCAUACCCCAAGCAUUCCAUUACUUCAGCUGGUAUACACAAGACAACUUUAGCUAGCACUGCCAGAACCAAGCCGCCAGAAAUUCUGGUCAACUCUGUUACAGAGGAAAUGAAGCAUGUCUUUCCUAAUGUCACAUCUAUUAUGAAAACCUCUCCGCAGUAUGUCACCAGAAGAAUUAGCAGUGUUCAUGGUCAUGUAGAAGCAGAACUGUCUCUCCAGUAUCAUGGAUCAACAGCCCAAACUGUCAUGUUACAUCAAACUGUCACGAACAUCAAAUCCCAGAGUCUGAACCUAACAUCAACUCACAGCAUAAACAGCAGACAUAAAGUAGAGCAGACUCUGAUGAAAACUAGUAAACAACUAUCUUAUAUUGCCUCUUGUACUGUACAUGAUCUGGUUCCUCAAGAACUAAAAUUGACUUCACCAAGACCAACAUAUCCUCCUGCCUCCUUUGCUCAACAUACUACUCAGCUUUCACAAACUCAAGAAAUUAUGAAAGAACCUAUGAAGUUCAGCUUCCAGGAUUUGCAGAUUCUCCCUUCUUCUCAUCCUUCCACACAAUAUAAAGUGCUCAAGACCACCAAAGAGCUUUCUGCUAACUUCUUAUAUCAGCCAGAAUCUCCACCUCUAGAAAGAAACACCGAGAUUGGUACUCCCUCAUGGGUAACCAAAUCUAUCCAGGAGUUUGGUGGCCCAACUAAAGAGAAAGAAAAUAAAAGGACAGGGCUGCAACUUGCCAUGACCCAGCUAGGCAUCCUAUUAGGCUGCGCUGUAGUUCUUGGAAUGGCCUUUGCUGCUGGUCUGCGGUGCAUCCAUGCCCAGUACUGCCACAGGAGGACCGAAGUUUCCUUCAGUGAACCAGACAACAAUGUUAUUACACUUAGAGAGAACGGGGAAAUGAUGCAUUUGAAGAAAUUUAGAGAGAACAGUUUUGUGCUUGUUCAAGCAGAAUAUAACUGGAUAACUCCAGCUAUUAGUGGAAAACCACAGUAA